CUGUUGGGGAGAGCAGCGGCCGCCUUCGUGUGAGGGUGGGAUAGGUGCGAGAGUUUGAUAGCAACCAGGAGGGAGAGAGAACGGGGAAGAGUUCGCCCCUCUCCGCCAUGGGUCCCUGCCGAACUUCCACGGGCUCCGUGUUGCUGCUCCUCUUCCUGGCUCUGGAUAACGUCGCCCUGGGAGCUUCGGAGGAGCCAGGAGGUUGUCAACAAUACACAAAUAAAACUUGUGAGCAAUGCCUGACGAACGUCACGUGUUUAUGGUGCAGCAGUACCAAAAAGUGUGUGGAAUAUCCUGUUCGGAAUAUCCUGCCUCCCAGUUCACUUUGCAAGCUGAGUGCUGCACGCUGGGGAGUCUGCUGGAUGAAUUUUGAAGCUCUGAUUAUUGCAAUGUCUGUGGUGGGAGGAAUAAUCCUUAUCGCUAUUUUCGUUUGCUGUUGCUGUUGCUGCCGGAAGAAAAAGAACAGAAAGCCUGAUAAAGAAGAUGAAAAAGCUGCCAAGGAGAAAGAGCAACGAAGAGUAAGGCAGGAAGAAAGGAGAGUGGAGAUGAAAUCUAGGCAUGACGAAAUCCGGAAAAAAUAUGGUUUGUUUAAAGAAGAGAAUCCAUAUGCCAAAUUUGAAAACAACUAAGAUCUGUUUUGGAAUGUCAAAAUAAACUCUGGCAAUGCUGUCUAUUGAAUGUGCAGUACAGCUGCUAAAAGAUCCUGUAAUUUAGAUGCCUUAAUCGCGAAUGGAAAAAUGGUCUUUAACAUAAGACAGAGCCAACUGUAACCGCAAUGAGCUGUUAAUAAACAGAUGACUGAAUAAGCCAACAUACCUCUGGAAAGCUGGGUGCCCUCUCAGGCUGCGAUAUAUAUAUAUAUAUGUAUGUAUGUAUGUAUGUAUCUCUGCCUGUUCUGCAGGUGCUUGUAUUUUAUAGGAUCUCACUUGUGUUGCAUAUCUUUUGUUUGCCCGUCCAGUCUUGAACAAAACGUCUUCAUGAAGUGAGGAGGGACUUCGGUCUUUUCUGUAAUCAACAAUUUGUAGCAUUUUAAAGUAAGGUUGGGAGUAGGAUAAGGUUUUAAGGGUCCUUGUUGGUUACCUGGAAAUACUAGCUGAGUAGGCUAUAUGAAAGGAAAUAAGCCUUAAUUGUGCUAAUAGCAAAAAGUGCCUAAGUUGUUUGAAAAAUAAUUUGUUUGUAACAUAUUCCAUACGCCUUUAUCAUGGGAUUGAUAACAUUUUUUCCUGUGCUAAAUGUAUGUUCUUGUACCUUUUAAAAAACGCUUCUACUACAGAAGUAUAUAGACUGAAUGGUAACAGUAUACUGGUGGUCAUUAGAUGACUGCUAGUAGUAGAAUUUUAAAUGCUGUGCUGUAUUCAAGUACUUCUGAAAGCCCACUUUAUACUGUUUGCAAUAGGAAGUUAUCAAAUCCUUAUUGUAUCUGAAGCAAUGUAUAAUCUUGGAAAGAAUGUCUCUAGUAACCAAAUAAUCCAAAGAAUGAAAAGGCUUCUUUCUGAAUUAAAGAACCACAUUGAAACCUUGAGCUUGAUUUCUGCUGCCUAGAAUAAGUCCUGUUGAUAAAAUCUUUUGGCUUGAUGCAAUAGCCUGUUUUUCAGGCUGUUCUACAUCUUGAGUCCUAUGCACUGGUGUUUGAAAUAUUUUUUUCUAACAAGUCAGAUCAAACCAUAAGGAAAACAGUUUUUCUAAUGUUUAAUAUCAACUGGAAGAGUGGAUUAAAAAGGCUACUAUGAAACUAUUUGGAUGGGUGGUUGCUUUAAAAAGGUACUUGCAAUAUACUAAAUCUGUUUUUCAAGAAAAUCGUUGAACACUUCAGGUGCCUGAGAAAUGCAUGAAACAAUAAAAGGUCAUGGUGCAGAAAUUUAGUGGAGAAUGUGGAAUGAUAUUGACACUCCUGUAAUUUUUUUUCACCUAAAAGCAUUGGAUAGCAGGUUUAAAUGUAAUAUUUUCAUGCCCUCAAACGAAAAAAAGUUGCAUUAAUCACUUUGAAGUAUUGUUAGUUAAUACUCAAUUAUAAUCUUAAGGUUUGUAUAGGUGUUAAUGACACAAACACAUACAAUAUUUUUUAAUCUGUUAAUAUAUUUACUCUUCUGUUAACCACUUUAUAUAAAGGUCACAGUGAACUCUGGAGACCUUUGCAGAGUCCUACCUAAAAUGUAUAGUACAUUCCAGAAACAUAGGAUAUCCUAUCAUGAAAGCUUUCAUACAAUUCUCUUGCCGUGUUCAUAGUUGAAAUUACACUAAUUCUUAACUAUAAUGAAAUUUGUAAAUUAUUUGGCUAACAAAAUAAACAGAUUUAAUAUCU